CCAAAUCCACAGGCGCGACCGCGACCCCGGAACGGCCGGCAAAAGCGACCGCGCCACCGCUUCCCCUUCCCCGCCGCCUUUGCCCGCCCCGCAAGCUUCCUCCUCCCCUCUCACCCCACGCUACCAACUCGCCAGGUCUCCCCAAUCCUGCCCCAGCACGUCCAGAUCGGCAAGGCCAAACAGACCGAGGCGACGCACCACCUCCGGCGGUGCGCUGCGGCGCUCGACCGGCCGGCAGCGGGAUGGCGUACGUGGACCACGCCUUCUCCAUCACCGACGAGGACGACCUGGUGGGCGGCGCGGCGGGGGGCCGGCCGCGCGGCGCGCCGGUCAAGGAGAUCGCCUUCGCCGCCGCACUCCUCGCGUUUGGCGCGCUCGGCGUCGUCGCCGGCCUCGUCAUGGCCGCCCACCGCGUCGGCGGCGACCGCUCCCACGGGAUUUUCUUUACAGUGCUGGGCGUAGUGAUGUUCAUCCCAGGAUUCUACUACACAAGAGUAGCGUAUUAUGCUUACAAAGGGUACCAGGGCUUUUCUUUUGCCAACAUCCCUCCCAUCUGAAGCAGCAGUGGCAGAACCUGGUUGGACCGUCUCGUCCAGUGACCCCUUCUUAUAAAAAUGUAAACCUGUUUUUCUUAUUCUUUAAACCCCUUAUGUAGAUUGUAGUAGUUGUUAUACUUGUACAUAUAAUAACAAACAACUGAAAUAAUGAGAAACCAUGACGA